AUGCUAGAGAUUGUCCAGUUUCCAAAUGAGAAUGCUAAUGGACUCGAGGAUCCAAACGAAGAAAAUUUAGUACCGGUUUUAGGAUUAAAGUGGGAUCUGACAUCUGAUACAUUAUUUUGCAAUUCCACUUACCAUCAAACUGCAGAUCCUCCCGUUACAAAAAGGAAGAUUUUAGCCGUAGCGCAACAAAUAUAUGAUCCUUUGGGAAUUGUUUGCUCAUUUACACUGAUGCCAAAAUUGCUACUACAAGAAUGUUGGAAACAGAAAAUCGCAUGGGACGCAGAAUUACCUGAAGUUAUUAAGAAGAAAUUUUUAAACUGGCAAAAUCAAAUAACACAGCUGAAAAAUAUCUUUAUUCUUAGAUGGAUGACGAAAAAACUUCUCCGGAGAAACAGUGUAGUUUACACGUGUUUGAUGCUGAUGCCAGCAAGAAUGCUUAUGCAGCUUGUAUUUUUAUCCGAAUUGAAACCGAAGAGUCCGUAUCUUGAGAAUUCACAGAUUAUAAAAAGACCAGAUCUUGAAACACAUUACUGGACGGAUUCUAGCAAUGCCUUAAGUUGGAUCAAACGAGAUGAGCAUUGGACAACAUUUGUCGCCAAUAGGACACAGGAAACAAGAGCUCUGUCUCACCCUUAUGAUUGGCAUCAUGUUCCGAGAAGUCUUAAUCCAGCAGAUGUUCCGUCUAGAGGAAGUUCUGUUAGAUACCUUAUUGAAUUAAGAUGGUUACAAGGGCCAGAAUGGUUAAAAUCUCCACCAGAGGAAUGGCCAAAAUCUCAAAUCGUAGCUGAUGAGGAAAGUUUAAAUGAAGAGAGAAGGAAGACGGCUAUGAUCAAAACUAAAAUGGAGAUAUCCUGGUACCACAAUAGGUUUUCUUCCUACUCGAAGAUAGUUAGAACGUUUGCCUGGAUGAAACGUUUCAUAUCAAAUGCCAAGAAGCUUAAGUUAGAACGAUUCUAUCAAGAAUUGACUGUCAAGGAAAUAGAACAAGCUGAACUGAUAUUACUAAAAGGCAUACAGCAAGAAGCUUUCGGCUCAAUAACUAAUCCCGUUUUGAAAUAUCUGUAUCCUCAACUUGAUGAAGAUGGUUUAAUCCGUGUUACUACACGUCUCAUACAACGAGAUGACACUAAUAGUUUCAAACGGCCAAUAAUAUUGCUCAGCAAACAUCCAGUUGUUCAUUUGCUUAUCUUGGAACAUCAUAGAAGAUUGAACCAUGCUCAGAAUUGUAGAAGAUUUGAAGUUUCCAAUGCUGAUGUUAUGCCUGCCCCUUUGCCAGAAAAUCGUGUAAAGAAUGUAGCUGCGUUUGAAAUAACAGGAACAGAUUUAGGAGGGCCACUAUACUUAAGAAAUGGUGAUAAAGCUUGGUUCGUUCUCUUCACAUGCGCUGUGAUUCAAGCAGUGCACAUAGAAUUAGUACAAUCACUGAGCACCGAAACCUUUUGUUUAGCAUUUCGAAGAUUCGUAUUGAGAAGAGGAAGACCCUUGUAUGUUUAUUCUGAUAACGGUACAAAUACUGUAGGAACUAAUAAUAUUUUCCACCAAAUAGAAUGGCAAAAGGUACAGGAAUUGGCUUUAGUUAAGCGAAUUCAGUGGGUUUUCCUCCCUCCUACCGCCGGUAGGAGUAGGAGCGACUAA